AAGUCCAUUUAUGCAUUUGGGAGUAUGCUGUUGCUGUGCUGCUUUGCGCCCUCGUUACAAACGUCUGGUGGAUAACAUAUUCCCCGAAGAUCCCAAAGAUGGCCUUGUUAAAGCUGAUAUGGAGAAGCUGACUUUUUAUGCAGUUUCUGCCCCAGAGAAGCUGGACCGAAUUGGAGCUUACCUAGCAGAGAGACUGAGCAGAGAUGUUGUCAGACAUCGCUACGGGUAUGUUUUAAUCGCCAUGGAGGCACUGGACCAACUUUUAAUGGCUUGCCAUUCUCAAAGCAUUAAACCAUUUGUGGAAAGUUUCCUUCAGAUGGUGGCCAAGCUUCUAGAGUCAGGGGAACCAAAGCUGCAAGUUCUUGGAACCAAUUCUUUUGUCAAAUUUGCCAACAUUGAGGAAGACACCCCUUCAUAUCACAGACGCUAUGACUUUUUUGUUUCUCGAUUUAGUGCCAUGUGUCAUUCCUGUCACAGUGAUCCAGAAACACGAACUGAGAUCCGGAUUGCUGGAAUCAGAGGCAUUCAGGGAGUAGUACGUAAAACAGUUAAUGAUGAGCUCAGAGCAACCAUAUGGGAGCCUCAGCAUAUGGACAAGAUAGUUCCCUCGCUGCUGUUUAAUAUGCAGAAGAUAGAAGACAUUGACAGUCGAAUUGGCCCACCCUCUUCCCCUACAGGAGGAGAGAAAGAGGAGAACCCUGCUGUGCUGGCCGAGAAUUGUUUUAGAGAACUGUUGGGCCGAGCAACCUAUGGGAAUAUGAAUAAUGCUGUCAGACCAGUUUUUGCACAUUUAGACCAUCACAAACUCUGGGACCCCAAUGAAUUUGCUGUCUCCUGCUUCAAAAUAAUCAUGUAUUCUAUACAGGCACAAUACUCCCAUCAUGUAAUACAGGAGACUCUUGGACACCUUGAUGCUCGCAAAAGGGAUUCGCCACGAGUCCGAGCAGGCAUUAUUCAGGUUCUUUUGGAAGCAGUUGCCAUUGCUGCUAAAGGAUCCAUAGGCCCAACAGUCUUGGAAGUGUUUAAUACCCUACUGAAGCACUUGCGUCUCAGUGUUGAUUUUGAAUUAGGUGAGAGGCGUAGCUCAACUGGCAGUGCCAGUUUCAGCACAAGCUCCAAAGAAAGCGACGAGAGGAUUGUCCAGAAUGCCAUUAUUCAAACAAUUGGGUUUUUUGGGAGCAAUCUCCCAGAUUACCAGCGGUCAGAGAUUAUGAUGUUCGUUAUGGGGAAAGUGCCUGUUUUUGGGACAUCCUCACAUUCGCUGGAUACAAGCCACCUUGGGGAUUUGGGAACUAGGCGGAUUCAGAUCAUGUUGCUGAGAUCUUUACUUAUGGUGACUUCAGGAUAUAAUGCAAAGACUAUUGCUGCUGCUCUUCCUGCCCCAUUUCUUGAUCCUUUAUUGUCUCCUUCACUCAUGGAAGACUCUGAGUUAAGACAGCUGGUCUUGGAAAUAUUGCAUAAUCUUAUAGAUCGGCAUGACAACAGAGCAAAACUUAGAGGAAUAAGAAUAAUACCAGAUGUUUCUGAUCUAAAGAUAAAACGAGACAAAAUUUCAAGGCAAGAUGUGAGCUUCAUGAAGAAGCACGGGCAGCAAUUGUACAGGCACAUCUACUUGGGCUGUAAAGAAGAAGAUAAUGUCCAAAAGAAUUUUGAGCUGCUGUACACGUCUCUAGCUCUUAUAACAAUCGAACUAGCCAAUGAAGAAGUGGUUAUUGACCUCAUUCGACUGGCCAUUGCUUUGCAGGAUAUCGUCAUCAUUAAUGAGGAUAACUUGCCAAUGUUCAAUCGCUGUGGUGUCAUGGCAUUGGUUGCUGCCUACCUCAACUUUCUAAGUCAGAUGAUUGCAGUCCCUGCCUUUUGCCAGCAUGUCAGCAAGGUCAUUGAAACGCGAACUGUGGAAGCACCCUAUUUUCUUCCAGAAAACAUCUUCAAAGACAAGCUCACUCUUCCCAAAUCUUUGGAGAAGCAUGAAAAAAACUUGUUUUUCCUGACAAACAAGAUUGCAGAAUCAUUAGGCGGCAGUGGAUACAGUGUGGAAAGAUUGUCGGUGCCAUAUGUGCCCCAGGUAACAGAUGAAGAUAGACUCUCCAGAAGGAAGAGCAUUGUGGACACUGUAUCUAUUCAGGUGGAUAUUCUGCCUGGCAACAACACAGAGGAUAAGGUUAAUACUGAAGAAAUCACCUUUGAAGCUUUGAAGAAAGCAAUUGAUAAUACUGGACUUGAAGAGCAGGAGAAAGAAAAGAGACGUCUAGUGAUUGAAAAGUUCCAAAAAGCACCUUUUGAAGAAAUUGCAGCACAGUGUGAAACAAAAGCAAACUUUCUUCAUGAUAGACUUGCACAGAUAUUGGAGCUCACCAUUCGUCCUCCUCCUAGCCCCUCGGGAACGAUGACCAUUACUGCUGGACACGCUCAUUACCAAUCCGUUCCAGUCUAUGAGAUGAAGUUUCCAGAUCUUUUUUGACAGUGCAAUCACAGCUGUUAGUGGAUGACGAAACAACCUCUUACCUACAGCAUUCCGUUGUGAUUGUUACUGCUGCAACGUAUCAUCCUGAUCAGACCAGAGUCAACAGCAUUAGUAGAACUCGUUGUCACCUUAGUUUUUAGUUUUCACUUUUUGUUUUUUAAGGUAAGAUACUAGAUUUUGACCUAUGUAAACAGAGUGUAUUUUUUUUAAUUAGAUGUAAGCUAGGGACACAAUGUAAAACAAUCAUCAUCCACAGUGAUGUGAUUUUAUAAAGUAACACUGUGCACAUUUGUACAAAAAAGAAAUCGAAUUAAAGAGUCUAAUAAGAAAUAAAGAAUGUACUUUCAUUUGCACUCUUGUAAUACGCAGACUGUGGUGUAAAUACAGAAGUUUCUCAGAUUAACUAAAUUCUGUUGCAUGUAUACUGCAUGUGAAAAAUUAUAUUCAGCAUUUCAUGUAGCAUUCAUUUGAAGUCUAUUGAUGAAGCAUUUGUUUCAUUUAAUCACAAUGAAACAAUCAUAGGCUCCCACAUGUCCUAAAUUCAGACAUGUCUUGUUCAGGAUGUUCAGAUGUUAAGGAACUAAAGAUCUGUAAUUUUUUGGGAUUUUGCCUGAUACAGAAUUCCUUUCCUGCUGAAAAUGCAGAGAGUCUGCAAGUUGAGUAUUGUAGCCACUUUGGACAGAUGAGAAUUGAGGAUUUGUGGAAGUCUGCUGCAUAAUAUGUUGUACUCAUAGUUUACUGUAAGUAAUAAAUUGUAGGUAUUUUGAAAUCAAAUUGUUCAGAAUGCUGUUUUUAUGUAUACAGUUGCUUUGAAUUCCUUAUUUCUUUCUGGUCUUGAAAAGAGUUGCAGAGCUUAGAAUACAAAGUGUGCAUACUGGGCCUGUAGUGUCUGUGACAGUUUUGAAUACUGUUUGAAUGUUUAUCACUUCAUGUCCAGUUGACAUUUGUAUGUAUUCCAGCUUGUGCUUUAAAUUCUUUUAAAUGUAAUGUCACUUUGAGUAAUUAUGGUUUUUGAUCGCAGUUCAUUUUAAGGUAAAUUAAAAUUAUGUUAAUUCAUAAGAAAUAAAAUUAGCCUGUUCAGAGUAAGGUUAAUUUUGUCUGUUUUAUUGAAGCCCAUACAUUCUGUACUGUUAGUGUUGAACCAGUUUCAUGAAAUGUAAGAAUACACUGUGCAAUGUACAUUUCAGCAAUAAAAUAAACCAAAAAGUAAAAAUA